AACAGAUUCCUGUUCCCUCUCAACUAGGGGUUGAGGCUGGCCUGGCAAGUGCCUGCAAUGGCAACAGAUGCAUGUAUGAUUGUUGCCUUCUAUAGUUCUGGUGGUUGUGACUUAGAUACUAGGGGUAGUAAGAGAGGGGAUUUGGCAGAUGUGUUUGGACCAUCCUGACGAUUGAUGACUGAUCGAAAUCUCCCAGUUGAAACAGCAUGCUGUAUCUAGGAUAGAUGUGGACAGAUGGCACAUGAACUCUGUGUGUGGAGUGCACAUUCUGUGUCUGGUCCGCUCUUUCGAAUCUCCCACGGACCAGACACAUGCUGUGUAGAAAGCGCCCACUGUUUCCCCAAAGUCAAAGAUAUGAUCAAAGAAGAGCCAUGCACCGGAGGCGAGUAGCAUCACCAACGACCCGGGUCGUAAAAAUGGAUCCGAAAAUCUGGAGCCUCCUGCCGCGGGAGCUGCUUGAGCACAUCCUCUCUUUCCUACCACUCAGGGCCUUCCUCAUCCUCAGGUCCACCUGCAAGCACUUCAACUCUCUCCUAUUCACUCCUUCCUUCGUCUCCAAACACUCCUCUCGGUCUCUCUCCUCCUUCCUCCUCCUCUCUCACCCCCACUGCCACCAACACUACCCUCUCUAUGACUCCGCUGCCGGCACGUGGCACUCCUCCGCCCUCUCGCCCUCCCUUCUCCUCCCCAAUUUCAAGAACUCCUCCCUCAUCUCCUCCUCCAAUGGCCUCCUCUGCUUCUCCCUCCCGAACUCCUCUUCCUUCCUCAUAUGCAACCUCCUGACCAAGUCCUGGAGAGAGAUCAAGUUCCCAUCCUUCCCCUUCGUCUUCGAGCUCCUCACUUUUGUCUCAACCCCGAAGCUUGGCUACAAGAUCUUCAUCCUCGCCUGCGGGUCCUCCCGGUUUGAAGCUUUCCUGUAUGACUCCAGAUUUCACUCGUGGCAAAAGGUCAACGGGUUUGACCGGAUCCUGGGCUACACCCACCACCAGGAAGGCGUGUACUUCGACGGGCACCUGUACUUCGCGACAUCGGAGCCGUUCUCAAUCAUCUGCUUCAACCCGGAGGCCGGGACGACGGAGCACCGCGGGUCCGAGCUGCUGCCGCCACCCGACGAGCUCACCUUCGCGAGGCUGGUGAGUGAUGGCGGUGAGAGGCUGUACCUGGUGGGGGGGAUCGGGGCGAACGGGAUAUCGAGGGGCAUGAAGCUGUGGGCGCUGUGCAGAGGAGGGGGGAGGUGGGAGGAGGUGGAGAGCUUGCCGGAGCUGGUGUGCCGGAAGUUCAUGUCGGUGUGCUACCACAACUACGAGCACGUCUACUGCUUCUGGCACCAAGGGAUGGUGUGCAUCUGCUGCUACACAUGGCCGGAGAUUCUGUACUACAGGGCUUCCAGGCGGACAUGGCACUGGUUGCCCAAGUGCCCUUCGCUCCCUGAGAAAUGGAGCUGUGGCUUUAAGUGGUACUCCUUUCUUCCAGAGAUAUCAGCCAUGGCUUGAGGCUUGACGUGUUCUAUCUAUAACUCUUGAUUCACGUUACAAUUAGCCUGGUGUUGCAUCUGUUGAUAUAAAUUAAAGUCGCAGUCUUUGCAUGAGUAUUGCACAUAUCAGAAUCACAAUGCCCUGUUCUAUGAAAUCUCAAUUCAUUUCGUGCUGCA